AUGGGAGCCAUAAUUAGCUGUUGUAGACAUCAUGCCAGGGAGGAAGAUGAAGCUUUGCUGAGGGAACAACAGGCGGGCUACGGAAGCCAAGGAAACGCAAACAGCGAGUAUGAUGCCGAGCAAAUGCGAUUGAAGGAGCACGAACAGAAACUGCUGGCGAGGGAGCAAGAACUAAGGGAAAUUGUCGCAAACACAAACGAUAAGCUAAUAGACAUAUCGAUGAUAAAUAACAGUGGGAUUGUGAUUCAAGGAACAGACCUGCAAGAAGCUCUCGAUAAAAAACAACAGGAAGAGGGUGAAGUCUCCCCAGAGGACGGCAGAAGUGCAGGCGAUGACAACACCAGUGGGCGUUCAGUACCUUCGAGCCGAUCUGCAGAGCGAUCCGCUACCCAUGCGGCUCCAAGGACAAAUACAUUCACUGUGCUUACAUCCCCAGAUUCAACUAGAAUAACAAAAGAACAGUUAAAGAAGCUACACUCGAACAUUCUUGAUGAAAUUUUGAGCCAGUCCAAGGUAGACAAACCGGGUCCCUUGACGGUUCCCUUUUAA